UCUGCUUCAGAUUAAAGCAGACCAAAACAACUCCACAGGAAAACAAUUCCGGAGCUGGACGGAACACACAGAACAGUGUUCAGCCCUUUGGACCGCUGGGUUUCUGACUAACGACACACCAUCCCACACACGGCAGAACAUGGCUCACUAAACAACGAAGGCCUAUUGGAUAGCGAAAGGUGUUGAGGCAGAGUUGGCGCAAAGAGAAGAGCGUAAAGCUAUAAGAAGAGGACGACAACGGAGCAAGGCGUUGAGAAGGGGAACGGGAGAGAGCAGGAAAGUUGCAGAGAGGAAGGAAAGAAGGAGUGUGUCCACUCUUCUCCUGGUUGUCCCGUCAGUAGAGGUCUAACCUUGACUCCGGUAUCUCUAGUUCUCUCCAGAACAAGCCAAUUGUCAAACGGGAAUACGGUGUCAGUGUCUCGUCUGGUACCGCGAGUCUCGUAGGUUGCUACCUCUCUGGGCUGGACGGACAUUGACAGCAGCCUCCUGUAGUGUGUUGACCAAUCAGCUGGUUGGGGAUAUCUCUCUCUCUGAGCUGCUGGGAGUACAGGUGUAUACCGAAAGUCUCUGGUUGUGGUUCCAGUGGUUAGUCAUGGAGGACUCUGGUUCCUCCAUCACCUCCAGCAUGGCCUCUCGCUGGACACUGCCUGGCUCACACACAGUGUCCCCGGCGGCUGAGAGGCUGCGCUACAUCCUGGGUGAAGAUGACGACAUGCCGACGCCCACUCUGUUUACAGAGAUGGACACGCUGCAACACGAUGGAGACGAGAUGGAGUGGAAAGAGUCUGCUAGGUGGGUGAAGUUUGAGGAGAAGGUGGAGGAGGGAGGAGAGAGGUGGAGUAAGCCCCAUGUGUCCACCCUGACCCUCCACAGUCUGUUUGAGCUGAGGACCUGCAUCCAGACUGGCAGUGUACUGCUGGAUCUGGAGGGAUACUCCCUGCCACAGAUAGUGGAUGACAUCGUGGACCGCCAGGUGGCAGACGGUCUGAUUGGUCCAGAACUGAGGGAGAAGGUCAGCUUUGUGUUGCUACGGAAACAUCGCCACCAGCAUAAGAAACCCAUCCACCUCUCGCUAGCCGACAUGGGCAAAUCAAACAAUUCCCCCACCAGCCGUAGUCCCCAGUCUGUUCAUAAUGUCAGUCGUAGUAACGUCAGUCGCUUUCCUAGUUCAGCCUCUGGCCUCCAUCACUCCACAGAGGACUUACGAGCCAAGUCAGGCAGCCUUGGCCGCCUGCAUCCCGCGCAAAGCCGAAGCAUGAACGACAUUUCAGACAAGCCAAGCACAGACCAGAUGAAAAACAAGUUCAUGAAGAAGAUACCUCGUGAUGCAGAGGCGUCCAACGUUCUGAUUGGAGAAGUGGACUUCCUGGAUAAACCAUUUGUAGCUUUCGUACGUCUGGCCCAGGCUACCACACUGGGAGGCCUGACCGAGGUCCCCGUACCUACCAGGUUUCUGUUUGUCUUGCUGGGUCCUCAUGGCAAAGGCAAGUCCUACAACGAGAUUGGCCGAGCUAUCGCCACGCUCAUGGUGGAUGACUUGUUCAGUGACGUUGCAUAUAAAGCCCGGGACCGGGACGACCUGAUCGCGGGGAUUGAUGAGUUUCUGGAUGAGGUCAUCGUUCUGCCCCCAGGGGAGUGGGACCCCAAAAUACGCAUUGAGCCCCCCAAGAAGGUCCCCUCUGCUGACAUGAGGAAGUCUGUGCUGAACCUGAACGAGCUAGGCCAGGUGAACGGGACCGGGACGGCUGGGGGGCCAGGAGGAGGAGAGGACGAGGAGAUGCCCAUCCCCCACGAACUGGGAGAGGAACUGCAAUUCACUGGCAGGUUCUGUGGAGGCCUGUGGCUGGACAUUAAGAGGAAGGUUCCGUGGAUCCUUAGUGAUUUCUCCCAGGGCUUUCACAUCCAGUCCAUCUCUGCUGUUCUGUUCAUCUACCUGGGCUGCAUCACCAACGCCAUCACCUUCGGAGGCCUGCUGGGAGACGCCACUGACAACUACCAGGGUGUGAUGGAGAGUUUCCUGGGUACAGCGUUAGCAGGGACAGUGUUCUGUCUGUUAGGAGGUCAGCCUCUCAUCAUUCUCAGUUCUACUGGACCCAUCCUCAUCUUCGAGAAACUGCUCUACGAGUUCUGCAAGUCUAACACUAUAGACUACAUGGAGCUGCGUCUGUGGAUUGGUCUCCACUCCUGUCUGCAGUGUCUGAUCCUGGUCGCCACGGACGCCAGUUACAUCAUCAAAUAUAUCACCCGCUUCACCGAGGAGGGCUUCUCCAGCCUCAUCUCCUUCAUCUUCAUCUCAGACGCCAUCAAGAAGAUGGUGGGCUCCUUUAAGUACUACCCCAUCAACCGUGUCUUCAAGCCCGACUACGUUACCACAUACAGGUGUGAAUGUAUCGCACCUGACCAGGCUGCCGCGAUGGCUUUUAACGUUUCAGUUCCACUCGCGGACGAUAAUAUGACUGAUUUGUAUAACAUAACAGGUCUGGACUGGAGUCAGCUGAGUAAGAAGGAGUGUGUGAAGUAUGGCGGCGCCCUGCUGGGGAACGCGUGUAAGUACGUCCCAGACCUGGCCCUCAUAUCUUUUAUCCUGUUCUUCGGCACCUACUCCAUGACUGUCUCCCUCAAGAAGUUCAAGACUAGCCGCUACUUCCCCACCAAGUGCCGUUCCCUGGUUGGUGAUUUCUCCAUCAUCAUCUCCAUACUGGUGUUCUGUGGGAUAGACUACCUGUUAGGCUUGGACACGCCCAAACUGCACGUGCCCACUGAAGUCAAGCCGACGCGUCCAGACCGUGGCUGGUUGGUGAUGCCGUUUGGUAAGAACCCGUGGUGGGUAUAUGUGGCCAGCGCCGUCCCUGCUCUCCUGGUCACCAUCCUCAUCUUCAUGGACCAACAGAUCAGCGCAGUCAUCGUCAACCGCAAAGAGAACAAACUCAAGAAAGGUUGUGGGUACCAUCUGGACCUGUUCUGGGUGGGUAUUCUGAUGGCAGUGUGUUCCUUCCUGGGCCUGCCCUGGUACGUGGCUGCAACUGUCAUCUCCAUCGCCCACAUCGACUCUCUGAAGAUGGAGAGUGAGUCCAGCGCCCCAGGAGAGCAGCCCCAGUUUCUGGGAGUCAGGGAGCAGAGGUUGACGGGUAUUCUGGUGUUUGUCUUAACUGGAGUUUCCAUCUUCCUGGCUCCUGUCCUUCAGUACAUCCCCAUGCCUGUUCUCUACGGUGUCUUCCUCUACAUGGGAGUAGCCUCACUUGCAGGAAUACAGUUCUGGGAGCGUAUCAAGCUGUACCUGAUGCCAGCCAAGCACCAGCCAGACUUCUCCUUCCUGCGUCACGUUCCCCUGAGGAGAGUCCAUCUCUUCACCCUGGUCCAGAUUAUCUGUCUGGCUGUCCUCUGGACCCUCAAGUCUACUGUAGCGGCCAUCAUCUUCCCUGUCAUGAUCCUGGGUCUGAUGGUGGUGCGUAAGAUGAUGGACCUGAUGUUCUCUCAACACGACCUGGCCUGGCUGGACGACAUCCUGCCGGAGAAAGACAAGAAGAAGGAGAAGGGUGGGAAGAAAAAGAAAGACCACAAAAGGACCAAAGCAGCAGAGCCGGAGAGCGACGAGGAGCCCAAGAGUCCCCUCCCUCCUCCAAUGAAGAUACCCAUGGACACCAUAGACCUGCCUUCAGCACCUGACCCCUCUGUAACCCCACCCACCCAGCCCCCGGUCUGACUGAGAAGAACGUUUACAUUAGUGUAAAUCCAGAUGGAAGUCACCGGAUGCAUCCCCCCCGGCCCUGACGCACACACACACACCGGCUGGGGACUACACUGCCAGAAUGUCCACACCUAUGACUACUGACACACACAUGUAAAAACACACACGCACGCAUACAUCCACUUACUACUGCCAGCUAGACUACUGACAACUACUGUAUAAUCCCACGCACAGCUAAUAACUAUUAGCAAACAUCCAUUUACUAUUACUAUUCUUUACCACUGUUUUUACUUAAAAAAAAAAACGUAAUACACAUUGAAUUUCAUAUAAAUGUAUACAAAUAUUCUAUAAAAUGUAGAUAUGAUGUGAUAUUUAACAUGUAAACAUAUGUCUAUUACAUUCAGCUGGAUAGUAGUUAGUUAUUAUACUUUUAAACAUUGUACAAAUCACAGUACGGUCUGGGAGACAUACCCAGACACAUGAAUCACACGCCGCUCAGAACCAUAAGUCUACUGUCCGAGGCUGUUGGAGCAUAGAUCGCGGUGUGUGGACUGAGGUUUCUUUUCCCUCAACAUAUUCUCUGAUCUCCAGCGCCUGCUUAAAACCACUGGAUGCUGUGUGUGUUUUUUCCUGCGCUAUCCUUUGGCCCUACUGUAGUUUGUGAGGGCCGACUGACAGUCGUUUAGAUACCAGAGCCCAUGCACCUGAAACCAAUGCAGAAGUAUUUUUUUGUGUGUGUUUGUUUUGAUGAUGUCUCCCGUGUGUAAUUUAUUCACUGUGUGCCAUGUGGUUUGUAGCAGGAACCUCUUGUACUAAUGUAACGACGACUCUGAAGGCACAGUUAGCAAAGGAAGGGCUAUAGUGUGACGGUAACCCAAUAUUAUAAUGCAGUGUUGUUCUGCAAAUUGACCACAAGAAGCCAUCAGAUUGCUAUCAAUUUGCAUGCCCCCAGACCACUGUCUUUUUCCACUGGCACUGACUUUGCUGAUAAAUACUUUGUUGAGGGAAAAUGUACUUGAUACCAUUGUGAUGUGUUGUUGUCUCACCUACAGUAGUUAUCUUAAGAUGAACGAACUAAGUGUGAAACUAUGUUUGUGCAUGCUCGUGAGACUGUGAUUGUGUGAGCUCACGAGGGUGAGAGCGUGUGUGUGUGUAACCUGGGCUUGUUGCACCUGAAUGUGCCUCCCUCAGAGUCCCUCUGCACCUGAAGAUCUGCACCCCCUCCCCCCCCCCCACACACACCCCUCACCCCACCAGCUGAAUCCCAGGUGAGCCUUACCUACGGAUCCUCAUCACGCCCUCCUGUUCCCCCGUUCGCCAUCCAGGUAGAGUCCGAGGAGACUGUCCUAUUCAAGGUGUCACAACCUUUACCCCCGCAUUAACCUCUGUCCUCCAAAUGGAUGCUAUCUGACCUCUAAGACUCAACGAGGCCCACAACAAUACAAACACUCACACUCUUGUCUCUAUUACUUAGGCAACUAAAUUGUACUGUAGGUUGACAGCACAUACAGUGCCUUGCGAAAGUAUUCAGGUCCAAGAAUAAUUUUGCACGCCCAAUUUUUCAGUUUUUGAUUUGUUAAAAAAGUUUGAAAUAUCCAAUAAAUGUCGCUCUACUUCAUGAUUGUGUCCCACUUGUUGUUGAUUCUUCACAAAAAAAUACAGUUUUAUAUCUUUAUGUUUGAAGCCUGAAAUGUGGCAAAAGAUCGCAAAGUUCAAGGGGGCCGAAUACUUUCGCAAGGCACUGUACAGUGGGGAGAACAAGUAUUUGAUACACUUCCCGAUUUUGCAGGUUUUCCUACUUACAAAGCAUGUAGAGGUCUGUAAUUUGUAUCAUAGGUACACUUCAACUGUGAGAGACGGAAUCUAAAACAAAAAUCCAGAAAAUCACAUUGUAUGAUUUUUAAGUAAUUAAUUUGCAUUUUAUUGCAUGACAUAAGUAUUUGAUCACCUACCAACCAGUAAGAAUUCCGGCUCUCACAGACCUGUUAGUUUUUCCUUAAGAAUCCCUCCUGUUCUCCACUCGUUACCUGUAUAAAAGACACCUGUCCACACACUCAAUCAAACAGACUCCAACCUCUCCACAAUGGCCUCCGCAAUAAAAUGCAAAUUAAUUACUUAAAAAUCAUACAAUGUGAUUUUCUGGAUUUUUGUUUUAGAUUCCGUCUCAAUUCUAUGGCAACAGCUCUGGUGGACAUUCCUGCAGUCAGCAUGACAAUUGAACGCUCUGUGGCAAUGUGUUGUGUGAUUAAACUGCACAUUUUAGAGUGGCCUUUUAUUGUCUCCAGCACAAGGUUAAUCUGUGUAAUGAUCAUGCUCUUUUGUCAGCUUCUUGAUAUGCCACACCUGUCAAGUUGAUGGAUUAUCUUGGCAAAGGAGAAAUGCUCACCCUAACAGCAUAACAGCAUCUAACAUCCGUAAACGAAUUUGUGCACCACAUUUUUUUACAUGUUUUUUUUGUGUGGAUGGAAAAUUUCUGGGAUAUUUUAUUUCAGCUCAUGAAACGUUGGACAAACAAUUUACAUGUUGCAUUUACAUUUUUGUUCUCUGUGUGUGUGUGUCUCUGUCUCUCUCGCUCUCGCUCUCUUUUUUAUAUAUAAAUGUAUUAUAAUAAUAAUGUUUUGGACAUAAAAUUAAAAGUACAUUUAAAAAAACAUCUGAAAGUGAUGUUAAUGUAGAUAAUCUGUUACCAAUUAUUCCCACGCAUAAAUAGAGGCAUAUGUGAUCGUAUCCCAAUGUAAUCCAGGUUUGAAAUGAUUCUGUUUUUGUCAAAUACUGUAUCUGUUUGAGCUUCUUGCGGUCAAUUUUCAGUGUACAAAUUAUGUAUAACUAUUUUCAACUACGUUCAAGAAAAAAAUCGAAUCGCGGCUGAAUGUAAUUUGUAACCCCUGGUUUAUAGCAUUUAUUCGUUUUUUUGUGUUCAGUGCAUUCACCUUUAUGAGUGUAUGUGUAUACAUUUCAGAGUAUAUUUACUUUGUAUUGUAAAGAUUUACAAACACAUGUUAAUAAAAUGGUAUGCAAAUAUGCUA